GCGGAAGCGUUUUAGCGAAUGGAACAGUGAGAGCCGCCAUCAGCUGUUUGGAGCCGCAGUCACCUCGGAAUAAAACUGUAAACACGGCUUUAAUUCACAACUGGGGCGCUGCAUAUGAAGCUUCACGCUGUUAUAGAGGUAAAUAAUGGACGCUUUGUGGUCGAGCUCAGUAACGGAUCUGUCCAUGCAGGACAGCCAGGUACACCUGAAGCAGGAGGAAGAGGAGGAGGAAUUUCAGGAUUUUUUCCCUGACUCUUUUAUGCCUACGAUGCAACCCGUGUCCACGCUGAUGCAGCACCAUGAAGACAACGCUGGAGAGAGACACACACCGCAUGAAGACGUGAACAGUCUGAUACUUGAUAUUAAAACCGAACCAGAUCUAUUGGAUAUCGAUUCAUUUGUAUACAGCGACGCGCAUGAAGUUUUAUCGACCUCUAAAGACCGAUGGGAUUGUGAAUCUGAACAGGAGAACGAGUACACCUUCGAGCAGUGUGACGAUGGACGCAGUACGUUAACUAUUAUUAAAACGGAGCCUCCUGAAGAAGAACUGAGCUUCUGUGAUGAGCUGCAAUCAAACUGUAAAACUGAGUCUAGAGAAAUAUCUAAUAGUGAAGAAGAAGAAGAGGAGGAGGAAGAAGAAGAAUGUGACAUAUCACUAGAGGAAAAUGAGGAGGUAAACAUGACCGGCGAGUGCUCCUACCUGCCCUCCGCGAAAGUCUUUAAGUCAUGCUCCGAAUGUGGAAGGAUGUUUCGUACCUCGUCCUCGUACAACAGACACAUGAGGAUACACAGUGGUGAAAGACCUUUCCAUUGCUCUCAGUGCAAUAAGACCUUUACGCAGUUCUCUUCGCUUAAAAUCCACCAAAGGAUACACACCGGAGAAAAGCCAUACCACUGCUCCGAAUGUGAGAAAACAUUCAGCCGCUUAGACGCUCUUCACCUCCACCAGAGAACUCAUACCGGGGAGAAGCCGUACAAGUGCGCUCACUGUCCCAAAACUUUCACUCGCCAACACGUGCUUCAGAACCACCAGAGGACGCACACCGGAAUAAAGCCGUAUCAAUGCUCGCACUGCGCUAAAACCUUCACGCGCUUAUGCAGCUUUAAAAUCCACAAGAGAAGGCACACUGGGGAGAAACCCUACCUGUGUGGAACCUGUGGAAAACAGUUUGUGGAUGCCUCGAAUCUGAAGAACCACCAGAGGACACACACGAAAGAGCGGCCGUAUCGGUGCUCACAGUGCGACAAGACCUUCAUUCAGCUCGGGCAUCUCACAAGCCACCGCAGAAAAACACACAGUGACUGUAUCAUGACUGUAACGGUGCUCUGACCUGUGUGAAGAUCACACCUCCGUUAUCUACACUCCUUCACUGUAAGAACACGCAGUGCACGGGAGAAGAAAUGGCUCUCCAAUCUGCUUUUCAAUGCACUACAUUAAGCAUCAAAUUAAUGACUGGUACAUAAAUAUAAUUUAUGUUUGGACACGAGGGUCUAAACCCUGAUUUCAGAGUCGUGUCAUCUUUUCAUUUUCUGACAACAAUCCUAUUUGAGUAUUUUUUUUAUUUAUUUUUCUUAGUUUCCAGGUUUUUUUUGUUUGUUUGUUUGUUUGUUUGUUUUUUUUUAAAUGCCAAAGAUAUUGUGCAGUAAAAAAUGAAUGCGUUCUUUGUAUAGUCUGUUUGAAUGAUGUUGCUCAAUGAAUGCAAGAAUGGUCAGAAAUCUAAAAGAAUGAUCACUACACGGUUUGUUCCACAAUCAUGCACAUCAAAGUGUGUAUAUUUUGAUUUAAAAUAGGGUUCAAAUGUCAGUGGUUCAAAAUGUAACAAUUUUUUAUUUUUUUUUUUACUUCUGAUUAUUUAGAACAGCUUUCAUCUUUAUCAUUGUGACUAUAUUUUGAGAAACUACUUCUAAUACUAGUAGUUGUACAUAUAAUGUACAUCAUUAUUUUAUUGAAGGCUAUAUAAUAGUGGGACACUAAUAGGCUGCUUGUUACUCUUUAUCUAACCCUAAUUAAUGCUUCGUACAGGACAUGGGACACAACUUCCUAUUUUGCAGACUAUAAAGCCAGUUUAAGCCGUUUAAAUGUUAGAUGUUGGGUCCACCAUCCUUUAGAUUUUCGUGAUAAAUUCUUCAGAACUUGCUGUCAGAAUACUGCCACACCUACCCCAGAUCAGACUGGAUCUCAUGCAUGCUAUGGAGCAGGACUUGUAUCUGGGCCACGAAUUAAAACGCCCAAGCAUUGGUUCCGUUUAGGUCUUUUUUUUUGUUUUUUGCAUCAGACUACAAAUGACACAAAUAUAAAUUAAUGUGGCUGUCAUGAGGGCCAAUUUCAGCCAACAGUAUACAGUAUUUUCCAUGAGCAGACCUCGUGUUACAAAACUCUGGCCAUAUUUGUUCCUGAACUUCCCUGCUGUGCUGGAAGGUGGCGCCACAAACAUUAAUUCCGCUCGACACUUCCCUUAUUUAAUAAUCAGAACAAAUAAACCAUUAAAAACCAUCCGUAUUACACCAAAGAAUCUGGUCUGUUUAAUGCCAUGUGAUCUUAUGUUAAUAAUGUCAUCUAAUAUAAUCAUGGGAAUAUUUUUAUUUGAUUUGAAAAUACUGAUUGAUUGUGUAUCUUUUGAAAGUUGUUAGUUUGAGCAAUCUGUCAGCCUUUAUUACUAAGUGAACUGUUAUUAAUAAAAACAGUAUAAUACCA